AUGAGGUCCCUCGAGGCGGCGCGGGCAAGGUGGGAUGCUACGAACAAAUCAGGCAGCAGCGUCGCCGACUUGCGCCGAGCCGUCGAAGAAAAUGGGCCUUUGAGUCCAUGUCUGUCAGGCUGCCGAUCCAUCUGCUGGAAGGUGCGUGGCCACACCAAGCCCAUCGCGAGGCCCACGACGCGGGCUGUGCUAACCGCCACCCCUCAGGCCUUCUUGCUCUCACGAGAGGCUCCUGACGUGAGCUGGGCUCAAGCCGUGCGCAGCGGCAGAAGGGAUUAUGGCGAGAAGAGGGAUCGCUUCUUGAAAUUCAUAGAGCACCCGGAAGCCCUGACGGAGCUCGUCGUCGACCCUCUCGCCGACGACCCCGAGUCGCCAUGGAACACGAUGCGGCGAGAUGAGGUCAUCCGUGCCGAGAUUAGGCAGGACGUGCAGAGGCUUCCCGACGAGGCCAACUACCAUCAGGACAGGAUCCAGACAAUGAUCCUGAACAUCCUCUUCGUCUACUGCAAGGCGUAUCCGAGCAGAGGAGGCUACCGUCAGGGGAUGCACGAGCUGCUCGCGCCCAUCGUGCACGUGGUCGGUCAGGAUGCCGUGGACGGUGAUGCCGGGGGCGAAGUCGGCCCGGACGACGAGUCAAUGGCCGAGGCUCUCGAUUCUUCCUUUGUCGAGCACGACGCCUACACCCUGUUCUCGCAGCUCAUGGAGCAUGCCCACGCCUUCUACGAGGUCAACGACGGGGGCGAGGCCUCGACGGGCGCACCUGCGGGCAACGGCUUUCGGGAGCAACGGUCCGCCAUUGUCGAGAGGAGCCAAGUCAUCCACCAAGUCUGUCUGCAAAAGGUCGACGAGGAGCUGGCUGCGCACCUCACGAGCGUCGACGUACUGCCGCAAAUUUUUCUCAUGGAAUUUCCCUUUGAGCAGUUUCUCGUCCUGUGGGACACCAUCUUCGCAGUCGAUGCUUCCCUCGACUUGAUCAACCUCCUAUGCUGCGCCAUGUUGAUUCGGAUUCGCUGGCAACUGCUGGAAGCCGAUUAUUCCGGCUGCCUUCAGCUGCUGCUCAAAUAUCCUCCUCCGGGGAGCCCGAGCGGGCCGCACACGUUCGUGGCGGAUGCGGUCCAUCUUCGCGACCACAUGGACGCCGCCGGCGGUGCCUCGUUGAUCCUGAAACACACGGGACGAGAGCCCGGCGCCUUUCAGGGACGGCGGCCGAGCACACCGGACACGCCGACGCGGCACUCUCCCCAGAGAGGCGCACCACGCGCGAGGUCCCCGCUGCCGUCGGCGUUGAGACUCACGCAGCAACAGGCGGCCGUGGAGUCGCUGUUCCAGGGGGCCGCGAAAGGUGCCAAGGGGGUGCUGGAGCGGGGCGAAAGGCUCGGCAUCAACCAAGCGGUGCGCGACGCCAUGGUGGAGAUUCGACGGAACAUUCAAGGCUUCAACGAGUCGCGGCAGUCACCGCGAACACGGGCAUUGACCGGCGAGGAGGACGACGCGGCAAAGAUGCUGGAUGCGAUGCAGCGACGCAACAAGCAGCUGGCGAGCCUCCUGCACGAGACGGUCACGACGCUCCGGACGGCAUGCACCUUUGACGUCGAGGACACGGCCAAGAGGGAUGAGCUCAUCGAGGUGGCGACGGCAAGGAUUCAGUUUGUGCAGGUGUACCUCGAAGACUCGUCGAUGGAAGUGCCAAACUUGGCCGUCGCCGCCCCUCCGGAAGCCCCUCUGGAGGUCGAGGCAAGAGAGAGGGAGGGUGACAGCCAGAGGCCGGCCGAGUCCCCUUUGAGGUUACCGGGGAACUUGGAGAGGGUGGCGGCCGUUCCGGAGCUGCUUGUCGAGGCCGAUGUUGGGAACGACGGGUCCAACGACGCAUCACGGCAGCGACGGGAGACGACGAAGGAGGCGGGCGUACGGUCGACGGUCGUUCCGACACGCCCCCACGCGAUGCCGACUCGAUCCACGCUCGCGCAGUCGUCGUUUUCGUGGAUGCUAGAACCGCACGAAUCCGGCUCGCCCAAGACUCCUCCGGCGGGGAACAAGUCACCGUCGACACAACAGCAAAAGGCAAAGAGGCUCUCCAACAGCAACAUCAGCCGCGAGCGAAGCGCCUUUUUGUUUGGCGACUUUCCCCCCGAGAAUAGCGGCAAGGGCGUCGCGGGAUCGGAAGACAUUUUCGGCAUGGAGCCGAUCCAGGGAAGGAGAAGAAAAUCCUAG